AUGCAACAAGUCCCUCCUGAGCUCAAGGCUAUGAAUGACCAGCUGCAGGUUAUACUUAAGGGUAAUCAGGAGCUGGGUGCCAAGAAGAGCAAGUUAAUAGAAUCUCGCCAACGACUUGGUGCCCAGAAGAGCGAGAAUGAGAUAGUGAAGGAUGAAAUAACUAAGCUGGAGCCGGAUUCCAAGGUGUACAAACUCAUUGGUCCUGCUCUUAUCCAACAGGAUCAGAGCGAUGCCAAGGCGAUUGUCAACAACCGGCUUGAAUACAUUAAUGGUGAGCUGAAAAGGACGGAUGUUUCUAUCGCCGAAUUAGAGCGGAAGGAGAAGGAAGCUCAACAAAAGGCCGAGGAGUUGUUCCGCAAAAUGCAGGCAAAGCAAGCGCAAAUACAUCAACGACAACAACAACAACAACAGCAACAGCAACAGCAGUAA